UUUCAAGCCCCGUCAUUGGAAAAGAUAGUGAUCAUUGUUUCCGUUUUCUGUCAUACCUAAUAUUAAACACUAAGAAUAUUAAAUCAUCAGUGAAAAAAAGUACUGAAAGAGCACCACCAUUAUUGUCAGUGUUGAUAAUAUAUCAAAAUGAUUAAGCUGUUUUCUCUUAAACAACAAAAGAAAGACGGCGAAAAUGCACCCGAACGAGGAAAGAGAGCUUCUGCUGCUCAGUUGAGGAUACAGAAAGAUAUCAAUGAGCUUAAUCUUCCCAAAACUUGUCAAGUUGAUUUCCCAGACCCUGAUGAUCUUUUAAACUUUAAAGUUAUCAUUUCUCCCGAUGAGGAGUUCUACAGAGGUGGCCGUUUUGUAUUUAGUUUUAAAGUAGGUCAGGGUUAUCCCCAUGAUCCACCCAAAGUGAAAUGUGAAACAAUGGUAUAUCAUCCCAACAUUGACCUUGAAGGCAAUGUUUGUUUAAAUAUUCUCAGGGAAGAUUGGAAACCUGUUCUCACAAUUAAUUCUAUAGUCUAUGGUUUGCAGUAUUUAUUUUUGGAGCCAAAUCCAGAAGACCCAUUAAAUAAAGAAGCAGCUGAAGUCCUACAGACCAACCGCCGUCUUUUUGAACAGAAUGUAGCCAAAUCCAUGAGAGGUGGUCAUAUAGGAAAUGUUUACUUUGAAAGGUGUCUCAAAUGAUUAUAACCCAACUGGAAUUUAAUUCGAUUGAAGAUAGUAUGCGAAAAACAUUUUUAAACUUUGAGAACAUGGUUUUGAUAGGCUACCUAUGUUGGUGUCACCUGUGUGUUUCAACCAUGCUUUGUGAUUUUUGCAGUUUUCAAAACCACUUUCUCAAAUGAAUUCUGUAAGCGUUCAAGCUGUGACUGCCACAUUGGGCUUUCUAAAAAAAUUUCCUUCCCCAAUGUAUUUGUUAAAAUAGGGUAUGUGUAUCAGUUCAGAAAAGAUGCAUAAUUUCAGUUGUUGAGAAAAGGUAUCAUGUGGUUAACUGUUCUAUUUUGUGAAUCUCUUGCAGUGUUUUAUUAAAAUAUAUUUCAAGUAGUUUUUAAUAUCAGUAUUUUGUUUGCUUUAAUUAAUUUAAAUAUGCAUUUUGUUUCACUAGUGGUAAAUACUCUUAAUAGACUUUAAAACAACUACAUCAGUGCCACAAGCUAUUUGAUACCAUUAGAAGAGGCAUAAAAUAAUUGCCUUUUUAAAAAUGUAUGCUUUAUAAAAAUAACUAUUUUUAAAGCUAAUAAAACAUAAAUGUAUUAAAGUGAUAGCAUUUUUAUUUUCAUAAGAUAUGUGUAAAUGGUGAUGUUUAUGAACAGUGAAUAAUAUUGACUCAUAUUUAUUAUCCAAACAUCUGUGCUGUAUGUAAUGAGUGUCAUCACAAGAAAAAUAUACAGACACUGGAUCAUGCUUGUGACAGCUAUGAUCAAAUUUAAGAGAAACUGAAGAAAUUGUCACUUUUUUUAACCAAUCAUACUUUUAAAUCAUUGUUUAGUAAAUGCAAUAUUUUGGGGGAUAAUAGUUACUGUGUACAUUUACUUAACUAGUUUCAUUGACAUUUCUAUCUAAUAAGCUUUUUAGAUUUUUUAAAAAUAAAAUAGUAAAGUAUACAUUUUGAUGUACCAUAUAAACUUAUACUAGCAUAAACAGUUAAUGUUUACUGGUGCGCUGUGUGUGGGUGUUGAAAUAUAUUCCAUUGUGUAAAGUCAUUUCUUUAUCAUGCCUUCUAUUCAUGAAGUUUUCAUACAAACUGUUGAGUUUGAAAAGAGGAAAAUUUGUGUUUUCCUUUUUUUUUUUUUUGUUUUUAAAGUAAAUCUUGACAUGAACUUAUCACCAGUUUACCUUCAUGUUUGUCUGCAAGUUUAAUCAUAGUCUCUGACCUUUAUCUAAUAUUAUACAACUGGUUGCAAGUGAUUAAUGAGAGGAAGCAACUACCUAUAUAAUAUAGUAUAUUUGCUUAAUUGUCUAGUUACAUAUUCAUCCAGAUUAUAUUUUUGACACAAAACUUUGAACUGAAGUUCCACCUAUUAUAUUGUACAUGUUGAGUGACCAGAAAAAUUGAAAAUGUUUGUAAAAUGCAUGGGUGAGAUUUUCUGACACUGGUUUGAAACCUAAAAUUAUGUAACUUAAAAAAAUCCACACUCAAAGCUGAGAAAGUGUACUGAUUAUUAGAAACCAAAUAAAGCUACAACAAUCCAUUACCAACAGUGACCACCAGACUUUGUUUACAUGUCUUGUUUGAAUGUGAUAAUGUGCUGACUGACAGUUCUUACAGUUGCAAUGAAAAGAUUUACCAAACUUAAAUAAAAUUUAUGUUUCUUUAUGUUUGUAUUUAUAAAGCCAUUUUUUUCUGUCAAUAAAUGCUAUAAUUACA